AUGUCUGUGGCCUGUCUGCCGAGAAUCUACCGAUUAUCAUCCAAUCCAAAACUAACUUUCUAUUCCGCUUCAUUUAAUCACCGAAGGACACCAAUUGUCACAAUCAACCUUCCUAGACUCAUGUUAGCCCUACCACAGCGCUGUGCGGCUCGAAGAAACCUGAUACGAACAUUCUUUCACCACGAAAAAACGAGACAGGCGAGGAGCAUCUCGAUAACAUGUCGUGGCAAGCCUAUCGGCGAAGAAGAGCUGUUCAAAUAUACCAAUGGACGGUUUUUAAUCAAUGAAGAACAGCAGUUACAAAAGCGUUAUCUGAAGUUCGAUGUUCCCCGACUAUGUGCAGUGGCCGCUGCUGCCGGGCCGUCUACAUCCCCCAUCGUAUCUAUCUCCAAGAUGGAGGGAGGCUUUUGUAAAGCGCUCUUGAUGCGAAAGGCAGAUGGUACGGAAGUAGUUGCAAAGCUACCAUCAAGAGUAGUUGGACCUGCUAGGGAUUCUACAUCCUCAGAGGUCGCAACUCUGAAAUAUGUCCCGGAUGUGUUUGCAUGGAAUUCAGACGCUUCUAACGACGUUGGACGAGAGUAUAUCAUCCUGGAAAAGGCACCUGGAAUUCAGCUUUACAAAAAAUGGGGAAGCAUGAAUGGCACAUCGAAACUCGCUCUCGUAAGAAGCCUGGUAGACUUGGAGAGACAGCUGGCCGCCAUCCAUUUCCCGGUAUCAGGAAGCCUUUACCUUAGGGAAUCCGCUAUAUCGAAUCAUUGCCAACCACUAUGCAAGUCUCUGGACCCAGAUCAACGUUACUGUAUUGGGCCCUCCGCAGAACGAUCCUGGAAUACACUAGUAGGGUCAUCAGUUGAACAUCAUUCAGGCCCAUGUAGGUACUCAGUCACACAAUAUACAACAGCUCCUAACCUCGUAUUAGGGGACUCGCUUUCUGAAUACGGCACUGACCUCGCUCGACGGGAAAUAACCCGGAUUUCCUCCUCUCCAGCAAGAGAUUACCGCCCUUACAACCACCAGCACUGUGCUGAUGAGGAGAUUACCGACCUCAAGAAUGCAAUGACUAUAUUCAAAACAUUAGAGUCAAGGAGCGCCGAUCUCGCCUCUAUCUCAAGGCCAACAUUGUGGCACACUGAUUUGCACAUGGGGAAUAUAUUUGUUUCAGACAAUGAUCCAACAGAGAUCGUUUCGAUCAUUGACUGGCAGUAUAUAGCUAUUGGCCCUCUGUUUCUGCAAGCAAACUGGCCAAGCUUCCUCAAACCCGGAGACGAGUAUAUCUACGGGCCCAUUCAACCACAGCUGCCGCAUGAUUUUGAGGAACUUGGCGAAGCCGAGAAGAGACUUGCGUCUUCAAUACGAGAUGAUGCGAUUAUCUCGAAGUCAUAUGAAUUACAAUCUUUUCUUCAUAGCCAAGACGUAUAUCGAAGCCUGAACCUACCGACUGUUUUCAGGGAACUCUUCGUCCGUUGUGGCGAAUCAAAUUCUGAAGGCACAAUAUGCCUACGGGUUUGCCUUGCUGAACUUUACCAGUCGUGGGCUGCGUUUUCUCUUACUGGAGAAUGCCCAGUAUCUUUCUCUAGCCGUGAGCUUGAGAAAAUCGAAGGUCUAUUUCAAGAGUAUCGGAAUUGGCAUGACGUCCAGGAGUUUGCAAGGAGUUACCUUGAGACAGAUGCAGAUGGUUGGGUAUCCCCAGAGCUCAGCUUUUCCGAAAUACAACAGCGUAAUAGGCAUGCAUUGGAGAGAUAUGUGAAGGAGAUGGCGCACUAUAUGCCUUUGGAAGCUGCUCGAAAAAUGUGGCCCUUUCCAGACGAGUGCUAG